UUGAUUGGAUGAAGAAUGAGCCCAAAAUUGCGAUAUCGACUGGUAUGAUCGGAAGAUAUUGGGACGACAUAGGCUCUCAUCCUCGCGAGAGUAAAGGAGGGCAAGUGCUGACUGCGAUCGAUUGCUACAUGAAACAACAUGGCGUAACGAAGCAAGAGACGCCAUCAGAGUUUGCACAACGAGUUGAGGAAGCAUGGAUGGAUGUGAACAAGGAAUGGGUCCAGACAGCGUCUGUGCCUCGAGAAAUCGCCCUUCAAUUUCUCAACUAUGCUCGAAUGUGCGAUGCCAGUUACAAUCACAAUAAUGGAGACGCUUAUACAGAUCCUCAAAUGGGCAAGACAACUGCUAUUGCUCUCUUUAUCGAUCCAAUAAUUAUUUGA